AUGACGGAAAAAACGGAAGAGGAUAAGACAUUUGCAACAAAUGAAGUUCCUACAGAAUAUCAUGUUGAUGAUAAUGAAAUUAAAGACCUUCCUCCUUUAGAAAUCACAAUAAAACACGAUCAAAAAAUUGAUUCCAGUUGCCAAACCGAAAAUAAUACAUUAAGAACCGAAGAAGAGGAAGAAGAAACACUUGUUGAUAAAGCUCUGGAGAAAAAAUUACCCAAAAAUCUUCAACAAGAUGAUUAUGAAGGUUUGUUAACUCAAUUAAAAGAAAAUAGAGACGCCUUAAUAGAAGAAGGGCGGGCAACUGAGGCUUCUGCUUAUAAUGACGCCUACAAAUAUACCUGGGAGUCAUAUCAAGACGCCUAUAAACGAAAAGUUUUCAAAGAAGCGAAAAUGUGCAGUGUUAGACGCAUUGCUAAUGCUAAAAAUCUUUACGAUGAGAAAAAGGAAGGCUAUGAAAAAGAAGAAGAAGUAAUUGUCGAAAGUCUUAAAAAACGAAUUGAAAAAUUACAAAUUAAACAUCAGCAGCAGAUCGACGACUAUGAGAGAGAGUGGCGAGAUCCUGCUAAAAUACGUAAAUAUAACAAGACAUCGGGCAAACUCAAAGAAUUACGACUUCAAGCGAAAAUGUUAAUGAAAACUCACAGAUACAACGAAGCCCAAAUGAUAGAAGCUGAAGCGAAUAGGCUUCAAGAAAUCGAAACAAAGAAGCAGCAAAAGCAGAUGAUUGACGAUCAUCUUGCCGGUUUAAACUAUUUAAUUGCUCAACAACAUGAAGAGCUUCGAUUAGUUAGAAUGUCGAAUGAUAUCAAAAUUAGUACAUUUAGAACUGAUAAAGUCAAAGAACUUGAUGUUUGUCAAAAAAGAAUUAUGAACGCAGAAGUAUCUUCCGAAUUUGUAAAGAAGCCUGACCAAGUUUGGGCUAAAAAGAAGAAUACUUUCAAAUGCCCAAGAAUUAUGUCGACAAGAAGCUUAAAUAAGACCAGUUUAAGCAAAGUUAGCCCUUCGGAUACGCUUCCUUUAAGAGGUGUCAACUUGUCUAAGUCUAGUCGUGCGAAAACGACAUUUAACUACCGUACUUAUUUGUAA